GUGGUGGGAGCGGCGCGAGGCAGCGGCUAUUGUUGCUGUCAGCGUAUAUAAGGCCGCGCUGGACGCUGGCCGGCACAGUUCCUUCCAGCAGCAAGGCAACCACCAACUCCAGCAGCCGCCAUGAAAUUCUUCGUGUCCGCCAUCGUCCUGGCCCUGGCCGUGUGCGCCUUCGCCGAAGAGCAGGCCGCCGACGAGAAGAAGCAGGAGAAGCGAGGCCUGCUGGGUCUGGGCUACGGAGGCUACGGAUACGGAGGCUACGGACACGGUCUGGGAUACGGAUACGGACUGGGAUAUGGCCACGGCCUCGCCUACGCCGCCGCCCCCGCCGUCGUCGCCGCCCCCGCAGUCGCCAAGGUCGCCGCCCCCAUCAGCUACGGAUACAGCCACGGCCUGGGAUAUGCCGCCCCCGCUGUGGUCGCAGCUCCAGCUGUCGCCAAGGUGGCCUACGCUGCCCCCGCAGUGAGCUACGCUAAGGUGGCCGCCCCCGCCAUCUCGUACGCUGCCCCCGCUCUGGGCUACGGAUAUGGAUACGGCCACGGACUGGGAUAUGGAGGCUACGGAUACGCCGCCCCCGCCAUCGCCAAGGUCGGCUACGCAGGUCUGGGAUACGGCUACCACGGAUGGCAUUAAGUUUCACGUCGUCCGACACCAAACCAACACGGCCGGACACCCUUCUUCACUCGCACUCACCCUAGCACCAGCAUGAAAGACGCCAGGAGCUAUACCUAUGGUGGACAGUUGCCCCUCUGCACACAGAAGAUCUGAAGAUAACCCAGUUCUCCUCUCGCCUACCACGGCUCUGUUUUCUCUGGCAUUAAACAGAACUGGAUCAGGCUGUCCAAACACAGAACUUCGCUCCUUGGCAAGCUAAACUCGACUCAACGCUCCUUUGUAUCCCCCUCUUCAACUCAUCACGUUUUCCUGAUUAUUAUGUCACUUCACUACCACUUCAUACCACUGCCUGGAUUCGACUCUUUGGCAGUUCUACGUGCAAUAUGUUUGUCUGUAAUUUAUUGUAAUAUUGACUGAUGUGAAGGAAGAAAAUCUGAUGAAUUUUGACUCUGUACGAUAUAAAGGUCAUGAGUUUUGAAUAAAAUAUUUGUAAAUCAUCA